UCAGGGGAGGCGGCGGCGGCUGCUUCUAGGUCGCUCGCCAGAUUUGCCACCCCGUAGAAAUCAACCAGUGGAUUAUAUCUUCUUUGUUGACGGGAUGACAGAAUCAGGUGGGGCGCUGCCGGCGAGUCUUAAUCGAUCUACCACAUGCGAUGAUGGGGGAGUAGCUAGCCAGAAGGCAGAUCCAGCCGGCCGUGGAGCUACUCUGGUUCUUUCCAAAAGGAAAUUACCAGCAGUUCGAAAACGGAAAGGGAUGAACCAAAAAGAAACACCACAGAGUUUACGUGAGCCUGGGAAAGAAAGUAUUGAACUGAAGGAAUCAUCUGGGGUUUGCGAUGUGAUGCUUGAAUUUGACCAAUUUGUGCAGUACCAUGAGAUGAAGAAGAAAACAGAGGAAUUUGUUAGUAGUCAAGACAAAAUUGUGAGCCAAGGAACACUCAGUAGCAGCCAGGAAGAAGACCAGCGAACUCAGAUCGAAAAAAAAUGAUGAGGUUCAGAUGCAUAAAGUGAUACAAUGUGAGAAGUAUGAUGAUGUUAUUCUGAUAGCAAAUGAUACUGGCAGUGAAGAUGUCCGAAACAGUUAUGUUGACGAAUCAGGUUCUACACCGGCUGUCAUAAUUGUGAACACAGAGACUUUGAAUGGGAAAAAUCUUUGUUCUACAAGCACAGAAAGGGGGAAAGAUGAUGUGGGACAUCCUAGUGAACAGGAACAGCAUUAUAGUGAGGACGCUUGUGUCCCUUCGGAUGAUUGCAUGAGCAAAAAAGAUUCUGAUGAUGAGUUAACUGAAAAUGAAUCAAAACCAGAAGAGUACUUGUUCCCUACGCCAGAUGAGAUGGAGAAUACAAGUACACCUGAAGUAGGGAAAGUAUUCUCUAGUCUAGAAGAGGCUGUCAGAUUUGUCAACAUUUAUGCUCAUAUCAGUGGGUUUGGUAUCAAAAAAGGGAGGAAUUACCGAAACAGGAAGAUUACCAUUUGCUGCUGCAAAAGUAGAAAAACAGAGCCCAAUGCAGCAGGUGUGAGGAAGCGCAGGAGGAAUGUGGUUGUUAGGACAAAUUGUCAGAUGCAUGUUACAGUAAGCUUACAAGAUGGCAGAUGGAUUAUUACUUCCCAAGAUCUUGCACAUAAUCAUGAUUUGGUAUGUUCGCCUACAUUGACCAAAUUCUUCCUAAGUCAUAGGAGCAUGAAUGAAGCUGAAAAACUUCUCUCGAGGCUGUUACAAGAACAUAGAAUUAAGCCAAGGAAGAUAAUGAGUAUUUUUAGGAAGCUGUCUGGUGGAAAAUUGGGUAACAUUACAUUCGAUGUCAAGAAGCUUGACAACCUGAAACAGGAAGAUCGUGAAAAGAGAAGGAACACGGACAUUGAACACACUCUGGAGUAUAUUGAAAAACUGCAGAUUGACAAACCUGGUUUUGUAUACAAGGCUCAAAGAAACGCAUCCAACUCAAUGCUUAGCUUGUUCUGGACAGACUCAAGAUCAAGGCUGGACUAUUUGCUGUUUGGAGAUAUAAUAUCAUUUGAUACAACGUUCAGCACUAAUAAGUACAAUAUGCCCUUUGCACGAUUAUUGGAGUUAAUGGCCACUCGAGAACAAUUGUUUUUGGUUGGGCCCUUUUGCAGAAUGAGCAGGCAGACACAUUUAAAUGGUUGUUUGAAACUUUUGUUGAAGUGAUGGGUGGAAAAAAACCGAGAGUAGUACUUACUGAUCAAGAUGCUGCAAUGAAGAAAGCUGUUCCAAAAGUGUUCCCAGAUGCAUUCCAUAGGUUCUGUAUUUGGCAUGUUAGAAGGAAAGCAAGAGAAAAUUUGGGUGCAUACAUGUCAAUUAAGAAAGGAAUGGAACAAGACCUUGACUAUUGUAUCAUGCAGUCCAUGACUGUUGAAGAGUUUGAAAUGAAUUGGAAAGAAAUGGAGCUGAAGCAUAGUUGUGGAAAACAUGCUCACAUUAAGCGCAUGUGGGAGAAUAGAGAGUACUUUGUUCCUGCUUAUUUCCAAGAAGUGUUCUGCCCGUUCAUUAGGUCUACCAGCAGAAGUGAGAGCUUCAAUUCAAAUUUCAAGGACUAUGUUUUGCGAAAGGAUACAAUAGAAACUUUCCUUCGUCAGUAUGAAUUAUUCCAGGAAAAUGUGAUGCACAUAGAGGAUCAAGAUAGGUUCUUGUCUAAUGAAAAAGUACCUAUCAUGUGGGGAUAUCAGCGGGUUGAGCGUCAUGCAGCUGAAAUUUACACCAGAGCUAUAUAUACCAAGUUCUUGACUGAAAUGUUAAAUUCAACUGCUUUCGGGGUUAAUGAGAUUGUGAAGAAUGAAUCAUAUGAAUUAAAGAGGAACUUUCCAUACGAAAAUCCAGAGUUUGACAGGGAAAUCUUUGCUGUGCAAGUAAAUCGAGAAAAGGAAGAAUUUGUGUGCAAUUGUGGGAAGUUUCAGAGGGAUGGUAUUCUUUGUUGCCACAUCCUUAGAUUGUUUACGCAGUUUGACAUGCUCAAGAUACCUGACCAGUAUAUUAUUCCUAGAUGGACUAGAGAAUUUAGGGAGAAGGAAUUGCAGGAACACAAGUCUAGUGCCCUUGGUAUUAAUGGAGAAGACCAGUCACACAAUGCUGUCAGAUAUGCCAUCAUGAUGAAUACAGUGGGGGAGGUAUGCUCUGACAUAAGUCAUGAUUCACGUUUUUGUCAAGAGCUGAUGGAUGCAGUUAAUGCUGUUCAUAGUAAGUAUCUUCUAGGCAAGCAACAAACUGCAGAAGGGGAUAAAACUUAUGAACAAACAGUGAACGAAGCAUGUGUGAGUGAGCCUUUGAACGAUCCUGCUGUAAUAAACAACAAGUCAGUGAGGAAAGGGAACAGAUUGAAGAGCCGAUCCGAGAGAGAAGGGUGGAAAAAGGCUGCUGAUAAACGGAAGAAAUGUAUUUGAAGAUAAUUAUUGAAUAGAAUUAAGAAAGUGAAUUAGAACUUGUUUACAAUGGUUCAUUUGAAAAUGUGUUUCCAUUUUUGAGGAUUUUUAUUUUUACCUAGAAUUUUCUCUGUUUACAGUAGCAGUUUUGGUUUGAUGGUUCACAUAGUAGUAUAAUUAAUGAGAAUGGACAAAAUACAUUGAAAGGUU